CCAUAUCAAUCUAUAUUUACUCAUUUUACAUUUUUGUGAAUGAUUUUUUCUCCUUCUUGUUUACUCCGCCAAUCUCUCUACCCACCACCGAUCUCCCAAUCAUUGUUUUCUUUCCCUUCAAUGUACACCUUCCUUUGUUUACCCCUCUUCCUCUUUUUCGUCAACCAACAUUAUCAUCAUUUAUGAAUCCUUGUUUUUCUUUGUCUCGGUGAUAUUUGUGAUAGUUCACAACCUUAGUUCGAACAAUUUUUCUCUAUCGUUCUCCCUCCCUCUUUCAUGACCUUGCCUAACUAGUCAAAUUUUAGUGCUCCAUUUCUAGGAAACUUCCCUUUUCAUUUGAUCUUGUAAAGAAUUUUUAGAUUAGCUAGGCAUCAAACUUUUUUGGUUACUUCUUUGCUAUUAUUAUCUUAAUUAGGACGAUGAUUUUCCCUGCUGAUCCACCUGGAGAUGAAAUGACAAACAUCUUAUCAAGACUUCCUAUCGAAGAUCUCAUGAAAUUCAGGUCUGUUUGCAAAUCUUGGUCUAAUCUCAUUAGAGAUCCUUGUUUUAUUAACAUGCAUAUGAAUCAACGUUCAUUAUAUAAGGAAAGCUAUUUGAUUGGUAAAGAUAGCUUGGAUGUCACGGAAAACGAGUGUUGCACUUUGUACUCCGAUGAAACAUUUGCCGAGCACAAGAAAUUAGAAUUUCCUUUGUGUGAACCGACUAAAAGUUUUGAAGUCUUUGGUUGUUGCAAUGGUGUUCUCUUUCUUCUUUACCCUACAACUCCUAGAUCUAGUAGCAAACUGUAUUUUUGGAACCCUGCCACAAAAAUGAUCAAGAAUCUUUGUAGAUCCCCCGUGCAGCUUCCCGAUGUUUCUAAUCACCUAGUUUUUGGGUUUGGCUACGUUCCUCAAUUGGAUGAAUAUAAGGUGGUCAGAAUUUUGUAUCAUGAGGAAAGGAAUCUCACAGGCCCCCCAACACUUCCGCCUGUUGUUGAAAUUUACUCAUUGAAAACAAAUUCUUGGACAAAAAUUGAGAUUGAACUCUCAUACUUUAUUACCAGUCAUAUGGCAAAGACAUUUCUUGAUGGAUCUGCAUAUUAGCUUGCAUGAAAGGCUAAUGAAUCUGAGUACGAUGACUUCAUUGUGUGUUUCAAUAUGGCUGGCCAUGUUUUUGAAGAAAUACCACUCCCAGUGUCUAGCUCUGAUGAUGGUGCAUUAACUGGAUCAUUAGCAGUCUUUCGCGAUUCAAUUUACCUAUUUGUGCAUGAUUCACUGGAGUGAUGGCAUAUAUGGAUGAUGGGUGAAGGUUGUUCAGGAAAGAU